CUAACGGUAAUUCCAAAACGCAAAAUGGUUAGGCUUCAGGGUGUGGUCCGACUGGGCCAACCCAGGUGGCUCUUGCCAGCAGCUUCUGCUGCCUUAAACGAGACAGCAGGACAAAUGGAAUUGCUAAGAUCAUGUUACACUGCUACGGCGCGAAACUACCAAACCUCAGCGAAAUCCGAAGCAUCAGCAUCAGCAUGGAGCUCUUGGCCACAGCAACGCGUUAUUCAGCUACUUGGAGCUGGAGCGACGCUGCUGGCUGCAGCGAUGCUCUCUCCAGCUCCGGCCACUGCCAAGAAAGAGAUUGCUAUCCUGCCUGGCAGCAAGCCCCCAGCUCCCGCCAUGUCCACGUCCAAGAUCCACCCCCCCGCCGAAAAGCCCCAGCCUGUCGUGCCCGCGGAAGAGCCCGCGGCUCCUGCAGCAUCCCCUUCUAAGGACCUUCGGGACGACAAGGGUCGGCCCAUUUACACGCGGGAGGAGGUAGCGAAACACAAAACACCGCGGGACCGCAUCUGGGUGACGUACAAGGAGGGCGUGUACGACAUUACGGAGUUCGUGGAGAUGCAUCCGGGAGGUCUGUCCAAAAUUAUGUUGGCCGCGGGAGGCAGUGUGGAGCCCUUCUGGGCCUUAUAUCAGCAACAUCGUAAACCCGAGGUGCUCGGGAUCUUGGAGCCGUACAGAAUUGGCACUUUGGAAGGCGGCGCCGCCGCCGCUGCGUCCGCCGCCGCCGCCGCCGCUGUGGAUCCGUACGCCUCCGACCCAGCUCGCCACCCGUCGUUCAUUCCCCGCUCAGAGCGGCCGUACAAUGGCGAAACCCCUGGCACUCUCCUGGCUGCCAGCCCCAUCACCCCCAACGAGAUUUUCUUUGUACGAAACCACCUGCCUGUACCGCACGUUGACGCCGCGUCGUACAAGCUCAAGGUUGAGGGGGAGGGCAUCCGCUCUCUGGAGCUCAGCUUGGAGGAGCUGAAGAGCCGCUUUCGAAAACACACCGUUACGGCCACCAUUCAGUGCUCGGGCAACCGUCGCAACGAGAUGUCGUUAGUACGACAUGUGAAGGGUCUGUCCUGGGACCAAGGAGCCAUUGGUACGGCAGUCUGGGGUGGCGUACGGCUACGAGACGUGCUCAAGGUGGGGCGCCUUUCUGAGGAUGACAUGCAUGUACGACACAUCCAGUUUGAGGGGUACGACAAGGACCCGGCGUCCGAGGAGAUAUACGGCGCGUCCAUCCCACUGCACAAGGCCCUGUCGCUGUACGACGAUGUACUGCUGGCGUACGAGAUGAACGGGCAGCCCCUGUCCGCGGAUCACGGUGCACCGCUACGAGUGGUGGUCCCCGGGGUGACGGGGGCGCGGAGCGUGAAGUGGCUACGCCGCAUCGUGCCUAGCUCCUCCGAGUCCCCCAGCCACUGGCAGCAAAGGGACUAUAAGGCCUUCAACCCCUCCGUGGACUGGGAUAGUGUCGAGUGGGGCAGUGCACCGGCAUUGCAGGAGCCCCCGGUCACCAGCGCCAUCUGCGAGCCUGCACCCGGGACCUCCGUUAGCCUGGCAGAUGGGGAGAUCACACUCCGAGGUUACGCUUGGAGCGGCGGCGGUCGGGGCAUCAUCCGAGUGGACGUGUCGGCUGACGGGGGAAAGUCCUGGACCGCCGCCAAGCUGCUGCCACCCGCCCCUGGAGCGCCUCCACAUGGGUCGUACUCGGGGGCUUGGGCCUGGACGCUGUGGGAGGUGAGCUCCGCCGCCGCCGAGGGCACCUCAAGCCCCACCCUGGAGCUCGUGUGCAAGGCCGUGGACUCGUCGUACAACAACCAGCCGGAUUCCAUCGGGCCCAUUUGGAACCUUCGUGGGAUUGUUAACAACGCCUGGCACCGCGUGAACGUGAAGCUGGAGUCCUAG